GAGCUGUCGUCGCUGGGGGAAAGUUUUAAGGCUUUCUGCCGCUACACCGCCUUUCUACUAAAAUUAUAUGUGGACUAGCGUCACCACACGCUAACCAGGGAUUUGGGAGCUUUACGGUUAACCCCGCAAAGCCGCCCCAACUACCAACCAACCCAAUACCAAGAUAGGAAAGCGCGGGGAGAUAAAGAAGGAAUGGCCACAGGUACGACGAGAGGAAGUACAGUCAGCUCAACAAAACAGGCCUCGGAUUUUGUGAAGGGCCGAUCCGCCCUAUGAGGGGUCAUUAUGGAGGGGGUGUGUGUAUAUGCGGCGUUGCACUGACUUCACCAAACGUGUCCUGUGUUUUUCGGACAGAAGUGUUGAGAGCCGUGUCCAACAAAAAUAUAUCUAUCACUUGAUUACUGAUAUUCGGACGUAAGGAGUCAACAAUUCUGUUGGAGGCAUAUUAUUCAAAAAUUAUUUAAACAGUUAUCAUCUGCGUUGCAAGGCAGAUCUUGAUUCUUAGAACUAUUCAACCUAUUCCCAGCCUUCCCCAACACAGUAUCACAAUACCCUCAAAAAUCACCAUGUCUGAAGAAGAGCUCAAGACCUACCACGGCAGCUGCCACUGCGGCAACUUUGCCUUUACCGUCACGGUCCCCGAGAUCAAGAGCGGCGCGAGAUGCAACUGCUCCCUCUGCCACCGCAAGGGUUACUUCUGGCUCAAGAUCGGCUCCGAGCAGUUCAAGGCGGAUGAGGGCACGGGCGAACUAGCCUGUUACCAAGUGUCUGGGGGUUGUAAUCGCCAUCUCUUCUGCGCUACGUGUGGGACUGGCGUGAUGGCCGAAAAGCCGGGUGAACCUUUCAUGGUGGUGAAUUUGAAUACUGUCAAGGACCUGGAUAGGAAGGCACUCGAGGUUAAGGCAUUCGACGGGGCAUCAAUCGGCGAACCAUACAAGACCUUUGAUGUUCCAACAGAUGUCAUUGACGCCCUCGACCUACCUGGUUACAAGACCUACACCGGUCACUGCCACUGCGGCGACGUGAAAGUAGCCUUCAAGUCGCCCGACCUCUAUGACCCGAACACGUUUGUCGUCUCCGACAACUGCAGCAUUUGCACUAUUCACGCCUACGUCAUAGCCUACCCCGAGCGCAACCACUACCAAAUCACCGGCACCGAGAACACAACCGCCUACUUCAUGGGCGACAAAUGGAUCGCGCACCGCUUCUGCAAGAGAUGCGGGACGCCGGUGAAUCUGGAUACGCAGACCGGGCCGCCGGCGCAUGUUCUCGCCAAAAUCCCCGAAUUCUACCACCCGAGACUCAAGGCGUAUCCGACGAACUUGAGGGUGAUUAAUGGGUUGGAUUGGAAAGAGUUGGGGAUUAAUUAUUUGGCGCCGGGUGAGGGGGCGGAUGCAAAUUGAUGGGGG